GUCUACUCCACAAAAGCAAAGCUUAGAAAUCCUAGCACCUAUGCAGCAAGAUUCUUGCUAAAACCAACAAGCAAGAUAACACUGCCAAAAAACACUAGAAGAGAAAUUGCAAGCGCAUACUACCAGCUAAAGCUGGGACAUGGAUACAACAAAGCAUAUCUACACAAUAUACAAAAAACAGAAAGCUCUAAAUGCAGCUGUGGAUAUACACAAACACCUCAACACCUACUGCUUAGCUGUAGAAACUACAGAGAAGCAAGAAAGAAAAUAAAGAGCAGCCUACAGGAGACAAGACUUACAAUAUCCCUUCUCCUAGACACAAACAGGGGAAUCUAAGCUACACUAGCUUUUAUUUAAGAAACUAAAGUAGUUACACGCAAGAGGUACCUACAGCAAAUAACAGACAACUGAUUUUCUUUGUUUAUAACUAGAGCAUAGGCUCUCACUAUAUAUCUACGAACCUAUAUAUACUAUUCCCUUACACAGAAAAAACUUGUCAAUUACUAGAGCAGCCUCACUGCUCUCGUCCUAUAUAGUCUUAGACUCACACAGGACGUUAAACUAAUCAAUCAAUCGAUCAAUCAAUCAAUCAAUCUA